AUGCGAGUCUCCAGAGGGCCAAUGAAUUCUCCUUCUCAACAAAUCAUCCCGUUCCUUGCCUGCAUGGUACUUGGAGCAGCGCUUCACCAUGCAUUUUUUCUCAACAAGUCGGAGCCAAGACCGCGCAUUCCUGGAACUGCGUGGACAUUAACUGUGACCUUCACAUUCACAGAUGAGGAAGAUCAAAAGCAAAUCUUGGAAGAAUGGAGGUCUGUCACAAAGUACUGUGCAGAGAAGGAACCUUUCUUGUUUCACUACGAAGUUGGACGAAGCGAUGCCGACCCUCUCAAGGUUCACAUGGUGGAACGUUACAAAAGCAAGGAUGACUAUCUGACCAAACACAAAACUGGAGAAGAGUUCUUGAAAUUCCGUCCAAAGUUGAAGGCUCUGCAAGAUGCAGGGAAAGUAACCAUUGAGGGAUUCAGUUAUCAAGAGCUCGGAUAUGGAUUUGUCUAG